CCGUGUGGCAGGAGGAGAGCGAAACACGACACCCCGCCAGAGGAAAGGGGAGGGUGGGGGGGAGGCUGAGAGAGAACACGAAGUGAGUGAGUGAGUGGAAAAAGAAAAAGUCCGUGCCGGAGAACGAGAGGAGCAGAGAAAGAACAGAGUUGGCUUUGGUAGGUUUUUUUUGUCCUCUCUCUCUCUCAGAAGCGCCGCCGCUGUUUUGACUGUCGGUGAGGAAAGAGGAGGAUGAUGAUGGUGAUGAUGAAGAUGUGGAGGAGGAAUCGACCAUGCGACAUCGUUUCAACAAACGGGAUGAACAUUUAGACCCGUCGCAUUCCGUUGCUCCAGGACCGACCGACCGACGGCGGCACGACUCCUCGCAAACUUCGACCUGCGCCACUCAGACCCGGGCGACUGGAUUUCGCCCCAGAGACUCGGGGUGGCAACUUUUCGCAUCAGAAGAAAGCCCCGCUCUCGAAAACAAAAUACCCGGGCGCAAAAGUUUUUACAGCACGUAACCGGCGUGUCGAGAUUAAAACAAAGAAGCUCACGUGAAGUUAACGGAGAGAAAAAAAAAGAGGGGGAAAAAACCACAACUUUUUCUUAAAGCCGAGCUCAGAGUCGCGGCAGGUUCUUUCUAACGAGCCACUUGUGAGAACAACACCGGAGGAAGGAGUGGGGUGUCACUGCUAACUUCGCUAGCUUACUCGGGCUAACGGCUAGCUAACUAACGUCUAAAGUUACGAGUCGACGUGGGAAAGUGACCCGAAGCAGCCCGCCGAAGACGACAACAAAGAUGAAAACCCCGGGGGACACGGGGUUUGCCUUCCCAGAAUGGGCCUACAAGCCCGAGUCGAGCCCGGGCUCCAGACAGAUCCAGCUAUGGCACUUCAUCCUGGAGCUGCUGAGGAAAGAAGAGUACCACGACGUCAUUGCCUGGCAGGGAGACUAUGGGGAGUUUGUCAUCAAGGACCCAGAUGAGGUUGCCCGCCUAUGGGGGGCCAGAAAGUGUAAACCACAGAUGAACUACGACAAGCUCAGCCGAGCGCUAAGAUACUACUACAACAAGAGGAUCCUCCACAAGACCAAAGGAAAGAGGUUCACCUACAAGUUCAACUUCAACAAACUUGUGCUCGUCAACUACCCGUUCAUCGACAUGGGCUCUGGUCGAGUCCCUCAGAGUGCCCCUCCAGUGCCGACCGGAGGUUCCCACUUCCGUUUCCCCCCCUCCACGCCAUCAGAUGUCCUCUCCUCUAGCGAGGAGCUGCGCAGCCCAGGCAUGUUUAGCAGUGUGGCUCGCCGGAUGGCCCGUGGCUCUGUGAGCGACUGCAGUGACGGCACCUCCACCAACUCAGAGCUGGAGGAGGCUGGGGGGGCUGAUGAGCGAGGAGUAGGGCCCGACAGGGCUUUCAGGGGCCUCCUUCCUCCCCGCCUGCCUCAUGAUUCUCUCUUCAGGGUCUACGGCGGGGGGCCCAACCCAGCAGGGCUUGCCAGACCGACCCACAGGGUCCAUCCAGACCCUCUGUCUCCAUUCCCUGUAUCCCCCCUGCCUGGCCCAGGGGGUCUCCUGGCUCCAACUCUGUCCCCAGCCCUGUCCAUGACCCCCACCCCACACCUGCCCUACACCCCCUCUCCCUCCCUGUCCUCCCCCAUGAUGGGGUCCCACUUCUCCUUCAACCCGGAGGACAUGAAGCACUACCUGCAGGCCCACACCCAGUCCGUCUACAACUACCACCUCAGCCCCCGAGCCUUCCUCCACUACCCCAACAUCAUCAUCCCCCAGCCACACCGCCCCACCCUGGAGAAGCCGGCGGCCCAUCACCUCCACGGCCCGCCUCUGCCGCUCUCUCAUUCGCUCAGCCAGCAACAUCCAGGAAGCAUGGAUGAGCAGCAGCACCCAUCACCGUUCAAGUUCAAGCUGCAGCCGCCUCCACUCGGGCGCAAACAGAGAGACGCAGGGAGCUCAGUGGCUGCCUCCUCUUCCUCCAGCCAGGCCUCCUCGUUCUCGGGGUCUGGUCACAUAUCUAACGCAGGGCCGCCCAAGAUCAAGGUGGAGCCCAUAUCAGACAUCGAGUCAGAGGAAGAGGUGGAGGUGACUGAUAUCAGUGAGGAAGAUGAGCUCAAUCACAACGAUGAGGAAGGGGACAUCUUCACGCCGACAAUUCGUCACCAUCAUAAUCAGCUGAACAACCAUCACCAAGCCAAUGGAAACGGUAGCAGCCUCCCCGCCGCUCCUCACAGUCACCCUGAUGAUGACCCUGAUGAUGAUGAAGAGGUGUUCAAGACUCCCGCGACUCCUCCCAUUGGCAGCCCGGCAUUCCCUCUGCUCAACCUGAAGACCGAGCCAGGUCAGGCGGCACCCAUCAGCCCCGGAGGCACGCGCUGCAUCCCGCUCAAACUCCGCUUCAAACGCCGCUGGAGCGAGGACCAGAAGAUGGAGGCGGACGGAGAGAGGGACGAGGCGGAGGACAAGAAAGUGAGGGCAGAGGGAGAGGAGGAGGUAGAGGGGAAGAGAGUGGUGGAGGUGGAGAACGGGGGAGGAAGAGCAGGAGGAAGUGUUAUUUUGGGGUUGAUGCUGCCACCAGCUCCCACCCAGCGCAGAGCCAGCUCUGAGCUGCAGAGGGCUACAGCACAGCUGUCUCUGGAAAACACUGGCUGCUGAGCCUCAUACUCAAACAGGGGAUUCUACCGAGAUGGAAAACACACUUGUCAACAAACGUGAUAGUUUCCUGUCGACCAUAACGUCUUGUGGUGUCAGCCAGCAGAAGUAGAUGUGACAGGUUGCAACUAGCAUUAAACUGCCCAUUAUUUUUGAUGAUAAAUCCAUUAUAGAGUCAAUAACAUGAUUUGAAAAUGCUCGUCACAAUAAUCCAGAGCCCCAAACCCAAAGAUUCUUCAUUCACUUUAAUAACUGACAGAGAAAAGAAGCAAAUCUUAAAUUUAUGAAGCUGCAACCAGCAAAAAUUACUGAAACAUUUGAUCAACUUUCAAAUAGUUGGUGGUCGAAUAAUCAUUGCAGCUCUACAGAAGACUGUUCUGAAACUGAAAUGUGAUGUUAGAAACACACUUUCUUGUCGUUCUUCCCAGUUUAUCUGAAUGUGCACAUGUUUCAUAUGGAGGAAAUUCUAUUUUUUGUGCAAUAAUUAAAGGAGUUGUUGGGCACUUUUCACUGACCUCACAGCCCCACAAGCUCCUUGAAUUACUCAACAUUAAACAAAUUUCCCUACAUAUGUUACAUCUACAUGUUCACGGGGAAGUAUAGAACAAGAUGAGUGUGUAAACUUAGUUACCUGUCACUUUGUACCCUGCUGUGCUCAUCACCGUCAGCUCACAGCUACUCGACAUUAUGGUCAUAUCUAAAACUAUGAAACACGGAUGUGCCUGUGUAGCCUCACCUUUGUGCCCCUGGUAACCUAUCAAACAUGAACACAGCAGACGGCAUUUUGCUGUGAGACAACCAAACUCAGUCUGUACAUCAACAUCUGUCUUAUUUUCAUAUCUUUUAGAAAUUGCACAUUGCCUUUUUAAUGCCUCCUCUCCCUCGCAGUGCCAGUUAUGCCAUAAAUCUGCCAGGGACGCCUCGCAUCACACCUGUGCCCAGAUUAUGUCUUUAAUUUGUUCAUCUGGCACAGUCGAAUGAAUCACUCUCACCCUAACGAGCACCAAGGCAGCCUGACCUGUACAGCAGUAGAUUGAAUUAAUUUCCUCCUUACUCCCCCUCUCCUUCUCACUGCAACGGACAAGACAGAUCCUGAUGUUACUAAAGAACUUCGAACAGCCCUGAUAGAGAUUACAGAAGUGCCUCUCUGUCUGCACCCAUCACCGUUCAGUCGUUUACAAGAUGGAGGGCAGUGAGCUCAAAACCUUAGACCUUGUUCUGACAGAUCUUACAGACUGAAGAGGGAUGGUGAUUAAAAAGUACUCUCCAAUCACGGUCUUUUCUCCAGGAAACAACUCAGACACUAUCAGACUGCCUCAGGGCCGGACUGAGAGGUCUCCUCUUCCUCAGCUCAGUCACUACAGUGUAUAAAGACUUGAAAAGAGCGGGGAAUUGUGUCAAACUAAGCCCGAGGAAGAUUUGAUGAACUGACUUUGACCUCUGACCCGUCGCGCAGCUUGUUGGACAUUUGUCGGGCAGCGAAUGGACGCCACUGUACAGAAAAACCAGCAGGAUCUGUGAGAAAAGCUCUGGAUCUUUUUUAUCUCUUCGCUUGUCAAGGAAACGAGGAAGCAGCUCCCAGCGAGGCUGUAAUUAUAUACAUGCUUGUUUCUGGAUGUGUGUAUGGACCCAAAGCUGGUGUAAAAAAAAAAAACAAACAUGAGGAUGCCGACGGUGUCUCUGCUUCUUCGUGCCCCUGCUUGACUUCACACAAUUUUGGAGUUCAGGGGUUUGAGGGCAUUCGUUGUGUUUUCCCCCUCAAACUCACAGAUCAACAGCUCUCUUCUGCAUUCCCCCUGUUUUAUUGUUUUUCUUGUAAAGACUGUGCUCCUUCUGUUAAAGGAUGCGUGUGCCUCACGAGGACAUGGACAGUAUUGUAGGGCAUUUGCAGUGACUGAGGACUUGAAUCUGUUUCACGUGAUGUUUUGAGAAGCGACGAGCGAAGCGAACUGAUUUGUCUUGGGGAGAACAGGAACCAUGUAGUGAAUGUCGAGCAUCAAGGUUAACUCAGGCAAACCUUCACUGAGAUACUGAGAAACAACUUAUUUUUAUGAUGUUUUAUUCACAUAGUUUAAAAAAAAAAAAAAGACGUCAUUUUAACGCCCAUUUUAAAGAACAAACAAAAAAAAACGAGAUUGUGCCUUUUUUAAGCCAACGCGAGUUUUAUCCCCCAGCAAAAUGUUUGAUCACACUCACUCAGUACCACCAUGCCUUCUGUUUUUUUGUAAAAGAGAGAUACAGAAUAAGUAAAUCUACACAUAUAUAUUUUAUUCAAAUAUAUAUUGAAUUCAAAUAUUAUAUUUCAAUAUGGUCAUUUGAUACAAAUCAGGAAAAUCCUACUAUUUUUAAAGGUAAAGAUAUGUAUAUAUUCUAAUGGGCAUAUUAUUACCAGUAUAAUUCAGCCUUUGCCUUCUCACCCUUGCCUUCUCUUGACCGUUGAGCUGCAGUGACAAAGGCCACCGGCGUCAGAGUUUUAUAUUUAUAUUGUAAAAAUAAGAAAUUCCAGUUAUUGUGUAUUCAGGGGACGGAGGGUGGAUACGGAGGAUACAUGAGUUAGAAACCUUCAAGGAGACCUGGGUCAAAUCGUAUUUACCUUGUUAGUGGGUGUGUUUGUUUCAACAUCACUGAAGUAGCUGACGGGUGGGGUUUACCACUUCAGGACGGAGUCAAGCACAGUCACAGGAAGGUAAAUCAUUCUAGGGCCGCAACUAACAUUUAUUUUUCAAUUAGUGCUGUCGUUGAAAAAAUGAUAUUGGUUCCUGAACAAUAAUUUCAGUAUCAGUUUUAUGAAAUCUGUACAAUAUUUUCUCAAUUAAUCAAUUAGUUAUGUGUCUAUAAAAUGUCAAGUCGUGUCUGCUAAGAGCUCAUGGUGGCGUCCUUAAAUGUCUUGUUUUUUCCACACCCCCAAAAUAUUCCCAAGAAAUCAGAACAUUUUCACAUUUAAGAAGCUGAAAUAAGAGCAUUUGGACUUUUUUUUUAUCUUUAAAAAAAAUUAUUCAAUCAUCAGAAUAAUCGGUGAUCAGGUUAAUAGUUGACAGCCGAUCGAUUCAGCGUUGCAGCUCAGUUAAAUUCCCUUUUUGUGUGUGUUCUGCUUGGUAAACCCCACCCACCUGCAACUGUCUGACCCUGACGUGGCGGUGCAGGUUGUAACGGCGCUGAUUCUGAUUGGACGACACACACACGGCAGGUUUUCAGCUCUGCGUGACCUCACACAGCCAACAGCUGCAGAUACGACUGGACUUCAGUUCGAAUGCGGACUGUGGACUCGAGUGACUUUGUGUGUGCGGGGCCGUCUGAACCCUGCCCAUACACACACACGCACACACACGCGUGCACACACACCGUCCUGGUUAGAGUGAGGCUUUACUGUGGCUAGAAGAAAGGGAAACAUGACAUCACACGUGACAUCAGACGCCCCCACAGUCUCUCUGGAGUUGACGGCAAACCAGAGAAACUACACACACAUUUAAACACACACACACACACAGAGGAAAUGGCAUCACAAACCUCAGAGCUCAGCGGAGAGAGAGGGACUUCCCAUAAUCUGACUCGCUCAUUCUGCUCGGUGUGUGUGACUGUGUGUGUGUAUGUGUGGGAAUGUGUGGUUUCUAUGGAUAUGCCAUCUACACACACACACACACCCCUGCUGAACACAGUUUAGAAAAGACUCCUCAGAUAAAGUCCCGGUUCAUUUAGUCCAGCCAGCUCCAGUCUCAUGUGUAACUUUUAUAUUUUAGUUUUCUUUGCCAGGCACUGAAAACUAUUACAUCUGUCCUUCUGAUUGGCUCUUUAGUUUCAAGAAUGCUCAGAUGUCCUCGUUAUUAAUCGUCAGUGGAAGACAUUUAACUGACCUUGAAGGAGAGACGUAGCAGUAACCACGCGUCUAGUAAAGAAAACUACCAACACAGAGCUGUACCUGAACUGUUGCACCUGUGCUGCCUUACCUGUCGUGGCUUCAAACACAAGAGAAUAACUGUUUUCCCCACCGGGUUGAUACUUUCACCCCUCGAUUUCAUCGAUGUUGUUCUUAUCAUUUUCUUCUGUAUUUUUUCAGACAUAUUACUGUUACUCUUGUAAUUAUUAUAUUAUUAACAUGACUAUUUUUUGAUUAUUUUGUACCCUCUUGCCAUGGCCCGGUCUCUUCUCUAUGAAAUUCCUGGUUUCCUCUGAGUUUUUGUUCCAGUUUGCACUCUUUUCUCAUGAACUUCAGCUAGUUGGCUUCAGUGCAGUCUUUAUUUUUUCUACUCACGCUGAUUUUAUAACCAUGUUACCAUGGACAAGAGGAGGGUCACAUUAUCCCCACAUGAUAUACAGCCGGGGAAGAAACAAUUGUUUUCAUUUUUUUGAUGUUGUGUAUAUAUAUAUUUUUUUUCCAUUUUGGAGGAUUCUGUAAGAAAAAAGAGCUUUGUACUGUUUAACCAUUGUAUUAUUUGAAACACCUCCCCUCUCUCUCUGGCCGCCUCUGUCUCUCCUCUCACGUCCACCUCGACGGUGAGCUGUCACUCCAGAGGAGGGACGGAGACUUUAGUUCUUAUCAUGGAGGAACCACCUGUACUUCUGUUUCUCUUCUAUCUGUUCAUCUUCAUUUGUAAUUAAACAAUAAUCAGGGUUCAUUAAAAAAGGUAAAAAUGGAGAAAUGUCA